CCGGUCGAGCUGAGGUUGGGGCUCGGAAGCCGAGGCGUCCGCGGCCGUGGGCUAGUGUGCGUGUGGCCCGGUCCGGGCCAUGUCCGCUUGAGGACGUCGCCUCCGCCCGCGUUCCGGCCCCGGCCCGGCCCGCCGCGCACCAUGGGCUCCAUUCUGAGCCGCCGCAUCGCGGGCGUGGAGGACAUCGACAUCCAGGCGAACUCGGCCUAUCGCUACCCACCGAAGUCCGGAAACUACUUUGCCUCGCACUUUUUCAUGGGAGGUGAGAAAUUCGACACCCCCCACCCUGAAGGUUACCUUUUUGGAGAAAACAUGGAUCUGAAUUUCCUGGGCAAUCGCCCGGUCCAGUUUCCUUACGUCACCCCUGCCCCCCACGAACCGGUGAAGACGCUGAGGAGUCUGGUGAACAUCCGGAAAGACUCCCUGCGGCUGGUGAGGUAUAAAGAUGGUGCUGACAGCCCCUCCGAGGACGGCGAGAAGCCGCGCGUCCUCUACAGCCUGGAGUUCACCUUUGAUGCCGACGCCCGAGUGGCCAUCACCAUCUACUGCCAGGCGGUGGAGGAGUUCCUGAACGGGAUGGCUGUGUACAGCCCCAGGAGCCCUGCCCUGCAGUCCGAGACCAUCCACUACAAGAGAGGGGUGAGCCAGCAGUUCUCUCUGCCCUCCUUCAAGAUCGACUUCUCCGAGUGGAAGGACGAUGAGUUGAACUUUGACCUGGACCGGGGCGUGUUUCCAGUGGUCAUCCAGGCCGUGGUAGAUGAAGGAGAUGUUGUGGAGGUGACCGGCCACGCCCAUGUGCUCUUGGCUGCGUUUGAAAAGCACGUUGACGGCAGCUUCUCUGUGAAACCUUUAAAGCAGAAGCAAAUUGUGGACCGGGUCAGCUACCUGCUGCAGGAGAUCUACGGCAUUGAGAACAAGAACAACCAGGAGACCAAGCCGUCGGAUGAGGAGAACAGCGACAACAGCAACGAGUGUGUGGUGUGCCUGUCAGACCUGCGGGACACGCUGAUCCUGCCCUGCCGGCACCUCUGCCUGUGCAACUCCUGCGCCGACACGCUGCGCUACCAGGCCAGCAACUGCCCCAUCUGCCGGCUGCCUUUCCGGGCCCUCCUGCAGAUCCGGGCAGUGAGGAAGAAGCCAGGAGCCCUGUCCCCCGUCUCCUUCAGCCCUGUUCUGGCCCAGAGCAUGGACCACGAUGAGCAUUCGUGUCCCUUUAAAAAAUCAAAGGCGCACCCCGCCUCACUGGCCAGCAAGAAACCUAAAAGGGAAACAAGCUCUGACAGCAUCCCGCCCGGCUAUGAGCCCAUCUCCCUGCUUGAGGCGCUCAACGGCCUUCGGGCCAUCUCCCCGGCCGUCCCUUCAGCCCCCCUUUAUGAAGAGAUCACCUACUCGGGCGUCUCGGAUGGCCUAUCCCAGGCUGGUUGUCCACUUGCUGGGAUCGAUCGAAUCCUGGAAAGCAGUCACCAGAAGGGCAAGCCGAGCAGCAAAUCCCCCGACAGCACCCUGCGGUCUCCAUCGUCCCCCAUCCACGAGGAGGAUGAGGAGAAGCUCUCCCAGGACUCGGACGCCCCUCCCCCGCUGAGUGGGGCGGGGCUGGCGCUAAGCAGCUCCCCUGAGAGCUUCAUGACAGAGGACGUGGACGAGGCAUUGGCGCUAAAGCAAGGGAGCCGAGUGCCAUCCAUCGAGAAUGUCCUGCAGGAUGGCAGCCCUGAGCCCUGCAGCUGCGGCCAGCCCCGCCUGCCGGCCGACAUCUACCUGCCAGGCUGGUCCACCUCCGUGGAGACGCCCCGCGGCCUCCGUACCACUGGGCCACCCCGGCCUGUGCUGGGUGGCCCCAGUCCUGACCCUGGGGCCACCGAGCUGACCCCACUCUGAGAGCCUGGCCCGGCUGGCAGCAUGGAGCCCUCAGCUCCCCAGACUUUGCCGAGAGGCCACCGGAUUCCAGCGUGACCCCUGGCCUCUCCUGUCUUGCACGCUCCGCGUGGCCACUGGCUCCGAGGGGCCGUAUGACCCUCAAUUGAAGAGCACAGUGGACUGUCUCCUCUGACAAAUUCCUUUUUCUACAGUUGAUGUAUUUGUAAAUGGUACAGAUGAAGGACAGCAGCUUUCUGUCCUGGGCUCUGAGCUCUGGGCUUUCCCCCAAAUGCCCCAUUGGCUGAGUGGCCAGGACCAGGGCAUGACCACCCACAUGCGCCCUGGAUCGGCUUCUCCCAGCACCCCAGCCACUGGGGACUUAAAGCCUGAACACUCAACACAGACUCACAGAAGAAAAUUGUGCUGGCGGGUGAGGUGCUGUCUUCACAAGAGAGAUUGUGGGGGCCUUGUUGCCGAAGGAGGAGGGGAGGCGGGGUCCGAGUUCUGGCAGUGAAGGAAACAGUGCCUGUCCCCUGUCCCUCGUGCACCUGUGUCCUCGGCAGCCUGGCUGUUGCUGCUGCUCCGCACUCAUCGCUGCUUCUCCCCCUUCCUGCUCCGGCCCUGGAGGCAACGGCUGCCUCCCACCACCUCCUUUCCCCGCAGCCCCGCUCAGCCCCUGGGCAUCGGGGGUGGCCAUGCGAGGCCGGGUGUGGGUCUGAUCCCGGGGCAGAGGCACCGAAGCACAGGCUAUGUGCAGCACUUGGCGACCGGUGGCCCCUCUCCCGGCCCUGCACCUUCUCCGAAGCGGCUUUGAUCACACGGCAGGUCCCUCCAGGCGAAGGGCUUCUGCUGGGCUAGUGAGCUUCUGUCCGCUUGCCCUAGGGAGGGCUCUUAGCAGCUUCCCUGCUCCCUCUUCACCAUCGUAAUGUCACUUGGUUUCUCUAGAAUUUGUCCUGUCUGGGGUCCCUGAGGUGGACCUGCCCUGGGGGAGGAACAUUCCAUCUGAGGUGACCUUGUUUUUGUUUGUUUUUUUGAGCAAAACUUUCUGGGCAACAGAGGCAAAGGGGGCGUCCAGCCGU